AUGGCUGGCGUACACUCCCACACGACAGCUUCGUCCGACUUCGGUGGCUACGACCACCGAAUCUUUCGACCCAGCACACGAAACGCAUCCGAGACGGGGCACGAAGAAGAAGAGGAACAAAAAACGACGAGCGCUGGAGUUUGCGACCCAGGUGGGGUCUUUGACGGAAUGGCCAUUAAUGUUACGAUUGACUUCCUGACACGUCUAGCGACGCACUGGAUGUACUACAGUCUUGGGUGCAAGGAGCUGGUAAUGGUUUACGAAUGCAUCACCAUCUGCGCGUGA